GUGGUAUAAACUCAUUGUGCCAACUAAAUAAGAUGUGUCAUCAUCUAAGUUUCCAUGAGAGUAUUUGAAGGACCAUACUCUGCUCGAUAUAUCCUUUCAACUUCUAAUAUGCAUGUCACACUUUAAUUUGAACAUAUACAAAUAUAAUACAUGAUCAUACAGGGAGACAUCCACUGGGUUGAAGGACAAUUGCAGGUCUUAGAAACUGGAGACAUUACAUUCUACAUUGGUUGCAGCAGUUGCAACAGAAAAGUGGACUACAUAGAAGGAAUCAAUUUUAAAUGCAUGCUGUGUGGUGACCCUGAAGCAAAAACCAUAAAGAGAUUCAGAAUUCUGUCCGAAAUAAAAGAUGAAAUUAGUGCUCUACAAGUGACACCAUUCACCGACACACUCGAAAAGAUUGUACGAUCACUUGAAUUGAGUACACCAAUGGAGUUGCUAAAAUGCGGGGAUUUGAACAACAGUCUUGAAUCUCAGAAGGUAACGGUUGCAGUGCAACUACCACCUCGCACCGACCAAACAUCUGCAUCAAAGACAUUCUCACUUCUAUGCCUGUACGACCUCCGUCAUGAAAAAACAUCAAGUCCAACCUUAAAGAGAAAGCUGAAAGUGGAAAAACCCAGCCCCAAAAAAUAGUGCUGAGGUCCUGCUACCUUGCAAAGCUUAGUUCAGUACAUGUGCAAUGCAUUUUGUCUUGUAUACCUACCUACCCCCUUGUUAAAAACUUACUUCACUACUACUAACACCCAGCUACAAGGAACAAAAUAAGUUCCAAAUUUUGUCACUCCCUCUAAUACAAUUUGUAAGUUGUA